AUGGAUGUUGAUCUUCAACCGUUACCUGCCAUUAGUUAUACAACAAUUGGAGGUAUUAUCGAUUUGUAUUUAUUUACUGGACCCACAGCACAAGAUGUCAUUCAACAAUAUUGGGAUGUUAUCAGAAAACCUGCUAUGCCACCUUACUGGUCUCUUGGCUUUCAUCUAUGCCGUUGGGGAUACAACAAUAUCGACAAUUUGCGAACCGUCAUCCAGCGAAUGCGUGAUGCUGAAUUUCCAUAUGAUGUUCAAUGGACAGAUAUUGAUGCAAUGAAGUCUAAUCUUGAUUUUACCUAUGAUCCAACCAAUUUCAAUGGUCUGCCAGAUCUUGUUCGUUCGUUGCAGUCUGAGGGAUUGACAGUAUUUCCAGAUUUUACCAAUACGAGCACUAUUGAAUGGUGGACAAAUAUUGCUGCUGCAUUUCAUGAUAUAAUUCCGUUCGAUGGUAUUUGGAAUGAUAAGAAUGAACCAUUAAAUGGCGUUGAUGGUUCCAUUGAUGGUUGUACAAAUAAUUCAUUAGAUAAACCUCCAUUUGUUCCAAAUGAAUCUCUUAGAUUUCCCAAUGACAACAAAACACUCGGCGUCGAUCAACAAUUUUUAAUUGGUCGUGCCAUUCUUGUUUCACCAAAUCUUGUUUCACAAACAACUACAGUGCAUGCAUAUAUUCCACAAGAUGUUUGGUAUGAGUUUCCAUCAGGUGUUAAAGUGAAAGCUGUCGGUGUAUUUACUGAUCUAUAUGCUCCUCUGGAAAAGAUAAAUGUUCAUGUUCGAGGGGGUUUUAUCAUUCCGAUGCAAAUACCCGGGUCAAAUUUAAUGAUUAGUCGUGGAAAUCCAUUUACUUUACUUAUUGCUCAAUCAGCAUCGGAAAAUGCGACUGGAAAUCUCUUUUGGGAUGAUGGUGAUACCAUUGGUGAGUAA